AUGUCAAGUUCUCCAAGAGGCAGACAGGUUGCGCCAUCGUUCCAGGUCCCAACUACACCUGUCCUAUCUAUUGAGCAUCCGUGCGUCGUUCAGAAUGUGGAGAAGGCCAUUGAUAUGCUGGGGGGACCUACAGAGAUUUUGCAGACCCUCGAGCCUGGAUGGGAUAAACCACUGGGGCUCAAAUUUCAUCUCGACGACCCGGGCACCCAUGCCGUGCUGUCUCACAACAAGCCAACCUACAACCUACUGCUUAAAGUGACAGUGCCCAAACGAACAGGCAGGAAAAGGAAGCGAGGCUCUGAGGAGCCGUACCUCGAAAGGCAUACAAACUCACCACCCCGGCGAGAUGUCAAAUAUCUUCUUCGUUCACUGAUGGACAAUCGCGAACGCUACCAGACUGAAGUUGUGGGUCCGAUUGGCUCUACACAUAUAUGGCGUACCAUGCCAGAUUUCAAUUUCUCGUCUCAAGGAUCUUCCUUUCUGAAUGAGAUACAUUCCAAAAUUCUCCCUCAGCGGUACCCACUGCUCAAGCAAUGGUCUUUCCCUCGAUCCUCGGUCAAUGCAGAUGCAGAGGCGGUCCCUCCUCCCGUUCUGUCCGUGCAAAACCUGCCGGCCAACUUUACAUACCGUCAGGGCCCUGGCGCGACAACCAUAGCCGAACCAACAACCGCAAACACGGCCAUGAAUGAUACAGAGCCGUCUGCGCAACCGUCCACAAAUCAAAACCAACAACCCGAUCCGGAGAUGUCGAAUAAGCAAACCAUCUGA